CAACUCCCCCUAUUAACAUUUGAACGAAUUCCACGUAAAUUCCCGCCACAAGUUGACAAGUGUGCUCUGUAUUUAUAACAACAAUUAACUAUUUAUUUACUAAUUACUAUCUGUCAUAGUUAAUUAAUAAUAAAUAAUUAAUCAACAUCAUAAAAAAAAUAAUUAAAAUUAUUAAAUUAUUAGCAAGAAAACCGCGCAGUAUUUAAAUGUCUUCUAACCUCAAAAAAUAAAUAAAGUGCCUUAAAAUAAAUAAUAAAUAAUAAAUAAUUAAUAAUAAUAGUUAAUUAAUAGAUAAAUAAAAAACAAUGGCGGCCAAUAAAAAAAAACCACGUAAAGCCAAUGGAUACAAAAUGCCAGAUCCAAUACGCGAGGGUGAAAUUCUACAGGAUUUAAAUAAAAAUCAAUGGAUCCUUGGUAAAUCAAUCGGAACUGGUGGAUUUGGUGAAAUAUAUUCAGCGUCACCUUAUGGUAAGUCAUCAUCAAAGUCAUAUAAUUCAGUAAUUAAAAUAGAACCACAUGGUAAUGGUCCAUUAUUUGUUGAAAUGCAUUUUUAUAUGAGAAAUUCAAAGCCAGAUGACAUUGAGUCUUGGCGUAGUAAAAAAAAAUUAUCUCAUUUGGGUAUGCCGAAAUUUUUGGGAUCUGGUUCACAUGAAUAUCAGUCACAGCGUUAUCGUUUUUUGGUAAUGGAACGUUAUGGUAAAGAUUUAUGGAAAUUAUUUAUUGAAAAUGGACGUAAAUUUUCAUUGCCAAUGGUAGUUAAUUAUUCAUUACAAAUAAUCGACGUCCUGGAGUAUAUUCACAGUCGUACAUACGUACACGCUGAUAUUAAGGGAGCAAAUUUAUUGAUGGACUUGAAAGAUGACUCACGAAUUUAUCUAGUCGAUUUUGGUCUUGCGUCUCAUUAUACGAGUAAGGAUUUUAAAAUUGAUCCUAAGAAAGCUCAUAAUGGAACUAUUGAGUACACAAGUCGUGAUGCUCAUGCUGGGGUUCCAACAAUGAGAGGAGAUUUUGAGAUCUUGCUGUAUAAUGUCAUUCAGUGGCUGUGCGGAAAGCUGCCGUGGGAAGGAAUUUUGAAAGAUUGCUCGGCAGUUCAGAGAGCGAAAGAAAAAGCUUUUGAGGAUAUUGAUACGUUCUUGGGUGAGAUGUUUAGUAAGGAGGUUCCAGGUUUUGUUAAAGAUUUCAUGAAAUUCGUUGAAAACUUAAAGUUUAAUGAGGCGCCGGAUUAUAAUAAGUGCAGAGAAAUUUUUGAGGUCGGAAAAAGUUUAAAAGGAAAGGCUAAUGGAGUUAAAGUCGAGAAGAAAAAAAAGAAGGAUACGGUUGAAGAAAUCAAAGAAGAAGUGGUAAAGAAAAGAGAAAGAGUCAGAACACCUAAGCAGGAAAAAAAAGUCCAAGUGACUACGCCGAGAAGAAAAAGUCCUAGAGUUAAACCCCAAGUGUCUUUGGAUGACAGCACUGUAGGAAUUGUUGUUGAUAGAAAAAGAGAAAAGCUUAAAGAUGUUAAGGCUAUGAUUGAAGCUAUGGAUGAUGAUUCUGAUACUGAAUAUGAUGUUAUGAUUACCAAAAAGAAGAAGGUUGAGAAGAAAGGAAGAAAGAUCAAGAAGUCGACGGAUUCUGGGGAUGAAUCAGAAGCUGAGGUCAUGCCAAGAGGUACCAAAUCCCGACAAGCAAAAAUAUCCAAGCUGAGUCGUCAAGUAGCCGCAGAUUCUGAUGAAGAUAUGUUUGAUUAAUUUUAAAUAAAAAUCUUGUUUUUUACGAUUAAAAAAAAAUUACAUUUUUUCUAAACUUAUCCAAUAAUUUAUUUAAUACACUUAUAAAUAAAUUUUUAUACAUGGACUUAAUUAUUAUAAUGAACCUUGGAAUCACUUCUUUAAUCUCUGAGCUUGGGGUGCACUGAUCUUGACCUUUCCUGGAAUAUUUCUGGCCACAACUUCAUCCUUCACUGCCUUCAGCAAAUCUUUCUCCCUCGCAGUUGUAGAUUUAUCUUUCAAAAACAUCGCCAGUGCGGUUUUAGCAGCCUUUCCUCUUUUUCCCGUUCCUGGCAUCAACUUAACCUUGAACUUGUAAUUCAGGACAGUAGAAUAAGGCGCAAUAACCGGUACAGCAAAGAGCAAUUCGUCUUCAUCAAUAGGCUUGCCAGUAAACUGAUCAAGCAUAUCCAAUUCAGGAGCUGGUCCAACAUCUUCAUCAUCAUCUUCACCUCCCUCGGGAACUGGUCUAGGAGCUGGAGCUUUACCUCCUUUUUUCUUCUGCUGAUUUUUAUCAAGAUUAACAUUCUUCUUUUUUCUAUUUCUCUUUUCUUCUCUUGCUGGAUUAGGUUUCAUCAUCUCCAUUAUUAUUCUUCUGUCCUCCUCAUCCUGGUCCUUAUAUUUUUCUUUUAUUUUCUUCAAUUUAGCUUUCUGUCCUCGUUUCAAUUUUGCCGGUUCCUGUUUUACUGGUUCGAUUUUAUUUUCUGGUUUUGUUAAAUCUCUAGUAACAUCAAGAUCUUGCCGGUUCUCUGUCAACCUCUGAUUAGCUUUUGGUUUUAUUUUCAAAGAAUGCUUUACAAUAACAGGUUUGUCAUCACCUAAAUACACAAUUUCUUCUUCCGGCUCCAAAGGUCUUUUAUUAUCAAUCAGUAACUUAACUUUAGAUCCAGUUAAAUCCAAUUUUAUCUGCGUAUCAGGAAAUAAUGAUUCAUCAUCUGACUCAGAAUCAUCUUCAUCAAUAGCUUCCAAUACUUUAGUAUCAGAGCUUCCUUCUUCUUUACCGGCAGUAUCUGCAUUAACGUCAUCUUCUUUGCCAUCAGAGUCGUUAU